UGUUUGCGAAAGACGGCUUUCCUGCAUGUUGUUUGUUGUGUUUUCAAAAUUUACUUCCAAAUGGAACCUCUCUACUUAAAAGCAUGCCGAAUGUGCAUGUGCUAUAGACAUCUUAAACCAUUGGAUUCGGAAAUGGUACGAAAAAUAGGAUCCUGCUUCGGUAUAAUGAUCAACCUUGAGGAUAGAACGUUACCCCUCGGUAUCUGUCGAAAAUGUACAAAAAAAGUUAUCCAGGCCAAGAAAUAUCGCGAUUUCUAUCUGUCAGUGCAGACGAAGCUGUUUGUAAAACGCUCAAACCACUUUCUUCGUAUAGACCGACAACCAUUGGUUGAAGUUAUUUUGAGGCGAAAUGAAUCUCCACGAUACAUCUAUCCUUCGGGCCGGCGAGUACAAGACAGAAUGCGGGAGGAAAAGCGAACAAAAGCCCGACCAAGCUCGGAAAGCAAAACAGACCCUCAGAACAAUGCAUCUGGAAACAUUAAUGCUUCAGUGAAUAGAUUACAAUCUCCUAGCACUUCUUCUGCCAUUGCAACAAGCCAUUGUCCCCCAGAAGUAGAAUCGACUGCUGUUCCUCGUCAACGUACAACCUCAACUGAGGAAGUUCCUAACCAAAGCCAUUCGCCUUCCCCUGUACUUAAUUCAAAUACUCCGCCUCCCGCUGCUGUUACAUUAGAUGUAACCACACCUGAGGAGGUGACAAUGAACGGUUUGGACGAUCCAUCAGUUAAGGAGGAUUUCGAAGCAACCGAAAACGAUAACAAUUCGGAAAAAGAAUCUUUUUCUAUUGAAAAAUUGGAAACAGAAUCAGACAUCCAAUCGCAAGAUGAUACGGAAAAUGUUGAUGAUUCGGCCACGUUUUAUGAGGAGCAGAAAAUCUAUGCCACCGAAGAGUUGGAGGAAGUACUUCAAGAUCAAAACAUGGAAGAUCCCGAGGAACAUAUGGAAGCAGAGUACCUUAAUCAACACGAGCUUAGCGCUGGGGAUGGCUUAGAUUCGGAACACCAUCUGACACAGGAACAGUACGAUUCGACUGAAAUAGAAGUGCUAGAAGCAAGUGAAACAAUUGAAUCCGUCAUUCCCGGCAAUGAAAAUACUGGUUAUAAUGUUCAAGAUACACGGCGACGCAGGCGAAGUAAAAUCUCGGGUAGAGAACUUUACAAGUCGCUGCUGACUGAAUGCAACAUAUGCGGUAAAAUGAUUGAACGCAACCGCUUAGAGGGGCACAUCAAUCGACAUUCGGGACGUCGCCCGUAUGCGUGCCACAUAGAAGGAUGUUCUUCGCGGUUUCACUGUAAGCAUGCCUGCCGUUUGCACGUUCGCUGUCGCCAUGGAUCGGAAUCGUUCACAUGUACCGAAUGUGGAAAGGUAUACAAAGCGCGGCGCGAUUUACUGGGACACAUCAGAGAAACCCAUGUUGAGCCGAGAUUUCAAUGUGACGUUUGUGGGAAAAAAUUUACUACCAGGUCGCGACUGAAGCAGCAUAGCUUUUAUCACACAGGAGAGAGGAACUAUCCAUGCCGUGUGUGCGAGAUGCGCUUUUUCAGCAAUUUUCAGCUCAAAGUUCAUAUGAGAACACAUACAAAAUCUUUCCCAUACAAGUGUUCCGUUUGCAACAAGCGCUUUCGUUAUCGUCACAUGGCAAAAGAACACAUUGUAAAAGAUCAUGGGAUAGAUAUCUCGUUGCAAAAGGAUUGGGUCAUACAGUACCCUGAACCAGAUCCGGAGGAAGUGGAGGUGAUAAACGAAGAGGAAAACAUCAUUCAAUACAACAUUCAGCGUCUCGAGGAAACAGAAGAUGAAGAUAAUACGCUGGGGGAAGGUGCAGAUUCGGCCACCGUAUCUUUGAAAAUCGAUAACACAGACGAAUACCAGAUUCCAACCUGCAUGAACAGUUCCGAAAGGACAGCUAAUAAGGAAGCAGGUAUGAUGCGUUAAGGAUAAAAUUUGAAAAACAAAUUAUUUAAAAAUAUUAUUAAUCUAAAAUAUAGGUUUAAAAUUUUUAAAAUCACAAAACCUUAUAUUUUUUACGAAAUAUACAAUUAUAUUGUAUAGUAUAGUAUAGUAUAGUACAGGAAAGUAAAGAUGUAUCCCAAUUUUAAGUAUUGAUUUAAAAAAUUCAAACAAUUUAUAGUAAAAACAUCACUCACACCUAUAAUUCAUAGCAUCUCGAGUUUCUUGCAAGGUUGAGUGCUGAUGAUUCUAGAUGAACAAUGCUUCACUGUAUAUGAAUAAUGAGUCUAAUACUAUCACUACGUGAUAUCACAAUCGAAAACUCUCAGGGCAUUUUGCUAGCACCAAAAGUCUACGCCCAUCCAUCUUCUGCAAGUCAACUCAGAUCCUGGCAUACACUGAUGAUAUAGACAUCAUUGGUAUGCGGCUCUCCGAUGUACGAUGGGAUCAAGCAGGCGGCAGAGAGCCUCAGAUUGCAGAUAAACGAGGCAAAGACCAAACUGAAGGUGGCAACAUCAGCGGCCCUACCAAUAACUAAUCCAACCCUACGUAGGCGUGACGUUCAGAUAGGUGAAUGCACUUUUGAAGUUGUCCCAGAAUUCACCCGUAUGUGAGGAAAGAUAAUGCAGGAGCCGCUAUAAAGAGGGGCUAUACGAGAUGUACGGCGAGCCCAUUGUCCUGCAGCGUAUCAAGCUUGCCAGGCGGCUGUGGGCAGGCCAUUUUGAACGCAUAUAAACGGACGACCCAGCCCGUAAAGUCUUUAGGCCGUCCACAAGGACAGAGGAAGUGUGGUAGGUCCAAACUGAGGUGGCAAGAUGGC